AUGUAUAUGAAUAUAUCCAGGCCCGUAUACGCGUUGCUCGACGAGUGCACCAGCGCCGUUUCCAUGGAAACGGAGGUGGUCAUGUACGAAGAGGCUAUAAAGGAGGGCAUCACUCUUCUCUCGAUCACUCACCGGCCCAGCGUGUGGAAAUACCACACGCACGUGCUGGAGUUCGACGGCGCCGGCGGCUGGUCUUUCCGGCCGCUGGAGAAAGACGUGCCGGCCGUCAGCCUGGCGCCAUCCGUCAGCUCGGAAGCCGCCUCCGACUCCGUGGACAGCGGCGGCGAACAG